AGGAGGAGGAGGAGGAGGAGGAGGAGGAGGAGGAGGAAGUUGUAAAGAGUGAGCAAUUUAAUAGGACAAGUGCAUCUUAGAGGAAAAGACACGUACCUCGAGAGAAGCGAGAGACUCCUCGCGAUCGGCGCGAGUCGAGUCGAAUCGGAGGGCUCGGUGGUGGCGUACGAAGAGGAGGAAGGAGCCGUCAGGGUGGUUCGAGGGGGGACAGGAGGCGCGGACGCCCUGGCGACUGCCGGGGUGGUUUACCCGGCCGCGACGGCGACGUUGUUCCCCGGCCGGGUGCCGGCAGGACACCACCACCACCACCCCGAGUUCACCAGCACGUUGGAGCUGGGGUUCCCGGCGCGCGGCACCACCGCCUCAAUGGCGCUGGUAGCCCCGCCGCCCUCCUGGGCAUCGCGGGACCCUGGAGCUAGUCUCGGGGCCGGUGGUGGGCCCACACCAGCCGCGGCACCAGCUGCCACGGCCGGCGGCGGCGGACCACUUCAGGUUGGCCCGCCGCCGCCCAUGCCUCCUACUACGCAUUUAACACCCUCGGCUACGCCCGAAGAUAUCACGUGCCUCGUACCCACCGGUGCGGUUUUGACACCGAGAGAUCCUCUUCCACCUAGCACCACGCCCGGAAGUCAAGCCAACAGCUCGCAAUCCGGUAGCUCGCAAACGGACAAGUCACCGAAUAUCGAGUGCGUCGUUUGCGGGGAUAAAAGCAGUGGAAAGCAUUACGGACAAUUCACCUGCGAGGGAUGCAAGAGCUUCUUCAAGAGGAGUGUCAGGAGGAACCUGACGUACUCGUGUCGAGGUACCAGGAACUGUCCCAUCGACCAACAUCACAGAAAUCAGUGCCAGUUCUGUCGGCUGAAGAAGUGCUUGAAGAUGGGCAUGCGCCGGGAAGGUAUGCAUUCCGUUCAGAGAGGACGCGUGCCACCGUCGCAACCAUCGCUGCCAGGUCUACCAGGACAAUUCGCUUUGACGAACGGUGACGCGGUCGCGUGCGCGAGCCUAAACGGGCACUCCUACCUCUCGUCCUACAUAAGCCUGCUCCUGCGCGCUGAACCAUAUCCAACAUCGAGAUACGGACAGUGCGUGCAACAAAGUAACAUCAUGGGAAUCGACAGUAUCUGCGAAUUAGCAGCGAGGCUUCUUUUUUCGGCUGUUGAAUGGGCAAGAAACAUACCGUUUUUCCCUGACCUUCAGGUGACCGAUCAGGUGGCACUGCUAAGGCUAGUCUGGAGCGAAUUAUUCGUACUUAAUGCGAGCCAAUGCUCUAUGCCGCUUCAUGUGGCGCCACUUUUAGCAGCGGCGGGUCUUCACGCGUCCCCUAUGGCGGCGGAUCGCGUGGUAGCUUUCAUGGAUCACAUAAGGAUCUUCCAAGAACAAGUGGAGAAGCUGAAGGCCCUACACGUUGAUUCCGCGGAGUACAGCUGCCUCAAGGCUAUCGUUCUCUUCACGACAGAUGCCUGCGGACUCUCCGAUGUCGCUCAUAUCGAAUCCCUUCAAGAGAAAUCACAGUGUGCCCUUGAGGAGUACUGUAGGACCCAAUAUCCGAACCAACCAACGAGGUUCGGCAAACUCUUGUUACGAUUACCGUCGUUGAGGACUGUAUCCUCACAGGUGAUCGAGCAACUGUUCUUUGUCCGUUUGGUUGGUAAAACGCCGAUCGAGACACUCAUCAGAGAUAUGUUGCUCAGUGGUAGCAGCUUCAAUUGGCCUUACAUGUCCCCGAUGUGACACUCUGUUUGGCGGCAGCUAGCUUCCGCAUAAUAUCAUCAUCAUCGUCGCCAUCUUACCUCGACACUUAACUCGGCGAUCAACGAGGAGGAAAUCGAAUCCUUCGAAUUUCUUUGAGAUCAUCAACGAGAUUUAUUCGAUCGUGGGUUGACAUUAUUCAGCAUCGUCGUCAAAAUAGAAACGCAAGAGGACGAAAGUUGCAGCUGAUGGAAGUCGAAGAAGAAUGAAGAGAAAGAAGAAGAAGAAGAAAGAAGGAAGAAAAAAGAAAAAGAAGAAGAAGAAGAAGAAGAAGAAGAGGAAGACAUCGGUGUAAAAGAAGAGGAAAGGAAGAUGUAAUGAAGACGUUGUCGGAGAAGAAAAUCAGAGGCGCCAAGUUAGUGGCCCAACAACAUCCAAGAACACCGUUAACACUCUCUUUCUCCUUCUCUCUCUCUCUCACACACACAUACAUACACGCACGCACGCACGGACACAUAGACACAUACAUAUAUACACACAUUUUAAAAUGAUCGAGUUAAGAAGAGAAUGAGAGAGGGAUAAAAGUCAAGCCUGGCCGUGAUACGUAUGACUGUACGGUGUAUAUCAUAGAAUUAAAGAGGAGAGAGAAAGAUAGAGAGAAAGAUAGAGAGAGAGAGAGAAAGAGAGAGAGAGAGAGAGAGAGAGAGAUAAAGAGAGAAGGAGAAAGAGAGAAAGAGGUGACGCGAGGAAAUCAUAAAUUAGCAUUUAUAAUCGAGCAACGGCAGAGUUAAGAAAGCGCAGCGCGCUAGAGAAAAGAUCUUUUCGCGGUGUUAUCUCGAGGAAUCGAUCUUCGCGUCGAGUACUCGCCGUUAGGUCGAGUCAUGCCAGGAACCUUAGUCAUCCUUCGCCUUGACGUGUUCUACGAAAUCUCUCUCUUUCUCUCUUCCUCUCUCUAUCUCUAUAUAUAUAUAUAUAUUAUUCUACUAGAAAAUUUUGUUAUUCGAAAAGUGUAGUCCUACAAGGAGUAAUCUUUUUUAUUUCAUUUGAAUCAUUUUCAUUCCAUUGAAAUUUUCAUCUUAUUAUCAGAUCUUUGGGAUCUCUCUCUCUCUCUCUCUCUCUCUUUCUCUCUUUUCUUUCUCCUUUUUUCUCCUUCUUUAUUAUGUUCUUAUCUGCACACAGAGCUUCCUUCUUUUGCGUUGUCCUUAUAUAUUUACCAUUUCGUUUUUCUUUUGGAAUUAAUUUAUUUCCGUUAAUAACAACCCACGUAAAUACUCGUUUUUCUUAUCUCCCCGUUGCUAUUUUACUCAUUUCAUUUGAUAUUACUCGAUCGUUAUCCUUUGAGAGGGUUAUGAUAAAAAUUGCGUUUGAAUAAAAAUUGUAAGUUACUGGAUAUUGUGAAGAUAUGUGGAAAAAUUGUUAAACUGCGUACCAAUGUUUUUUUAGUACAUUGUAAUAAAUAUAAAUUAUAAAUUUUUUGUAAAUUGUUUAUAUAUAUAUAUAUAUAUAUAAAUACAUAUACAUAUACAUACAUAUAUAUAUAUAUAUAUAUAUACAUUUAUAUAUAUAUAUAUAUAUAUGUAUAUAUGUAGCGAGGAUGACGAAAUAUAUUUUAAUUUUGUUAUUAAGUGUUAAAACGCAAGAGAUAAACAAGAUGCAAUCAUCAGGUGAUGUAACGCGACGUAGCACGAUAAGAAUUAAUUAUUAAACGAUUUUAAUUAUCUUCGAUCUUAUGAUUUAUUUAAUAAUUAAGAACGUAAACGAUAUAGGUUGGAAUUUUUUUUUUCUUACUUUAUUUUUUUCUUUCUUCCUUUCUUUUUAUUUUUUCUUUUCUUUUUUUUUUUUUUUGUUUUUUUUUUAAACAUCACAAAAACAAUCUAAGCGACCCAACGAACAUACGAUGAUUGUAAAUAUGGUAUUUGUACGUUUUGGGAGAUUUUACUUAAGUUAAUGAGAUAAGAAAGAGAGAGAGAGAGAGAGAGAGAGAGAGAGAGAAAGAGAGAGAAAGAGAGUGUGAGAGUGCGAGUGAAAAACAAGAAAGAGAAAAUGUUUACUGGAGCUUUGUUAGAGAGAGGGAAAGAAAAUAGUGAAUUUAAUUAACGAACGAGCACAUGUUAAGUGCCAUCGCGAUAUCCGCCAUGACGACGGUUCUUCUCACGUAAUGAAGUCAAAUAAAAACAUUCGGGUGUUUAGUAUUUUUUUUUCUUUUUUUUUUUUUUUUCUUCCUUUUUCUUUUCACUGUUCUUGUUUUUAUUUAACAAUCGAACUUGUUGCUCUCGAUAUUUAAACAUUCUUUGAACCAUUGCCUCGUCGGCUGUAAACGCUUUUGUUUUUUUAGAUAAAUCAACGUACCCGGUGAUCAGCAAAUAUCUAAUAAAAAAAGGAAAGAAAGAAAGAAAGAAAGAGAGAGAGAGAGAGAGAAAGAGAGAAAGAGAGAAAGAGAAAGAGAGUGAUAUUCAACGAGAAAUAGAUAGAAAUGUUCGAAGCGUCCAAGAGCAAAAACGCGACGAGAUGCAUGGAAAUAUAUUUUUAAUUCAAGAAUAUUUGAAAUCGCUCGUCAUAGCUCUGCGUUUUUUUUUUGAUAAGUCAUCGAUACGUUAUUAUCGGAGCCAGAAAGAGAAAAGAGAGAGAGAGACAGAGAAAGAGAGAAAGAGAAAGAGAGAGAGAGAGAGAGAGAAAGUGAAAAACAAGAAAGAGAAAAUGUUUACUCGAGCUUUGCGUACGAGCGAAUAUUUGUGUGUGAGUGAGACAAAGGGAGAGAAAAAGUGUGUGUGUAUGUGUGUGUGUAAGUGGUGCGUUAAAAGAGAAAAAAAACAGAUAGAUAAACAUUAUAAAAUAAUGUGAUAUAUAUAUAUAUAUAUAUAUAUAUAUAUAUAUAUAUGUACGUCAAAAUUGAAAUCGAACUUUUUUGAGACGGUGCUUUUUUCUAUUUUAUAAAUAUUGUACAAUAUAUCCGAAAGAAAGAAAUCAUCGCGUUGUAUAGGGUUGUCUAAUGAUAUUAAGAAAAAAAAAAAAAAUAUUUGAUUACUACGUUUAAAAAUAGUAAAUGUGGCAAUUGUCGAGCUAGUUAGUUAAUCGAGCACCUAGGGGGUAUAUGGGAUAAUUUCUAAUAUUUUUAAGGAGACCGGUCGUUUCUAGAAGAACGUGAUGACGACAACGAAGAAGAAGAAGAAGAAGAAGAAGAAGAAGAAGAAGAAGAAGAUGAUGAAAAGGUAGAAAGAGACGGAACAAAAAUAACAAGGGAUAAGAGAAAAAAAAUAGAAGGAACAAAAAGAAUCAAUUCUUUUUUUUUUUUCUUUUUUCUUUUUUCUUUUUUUUUUUUCAACGGACGGCGUUUUUGUCUCGAGAGAAAUUCGACGUGCACAAAAAAAGUCGCGACGUUAGGUAUUAUAGGAAAAAAGUUUUCGUCUAUCCAUUUUUUACUUACUUUACAAGAGAACGAUAGGCACAUACUAACAUAUACACACGCGUGCGCGCGUGCGCCCAUACAUAUACAUAUACACACGUAUACAUACAUAUAUAACACAUAUAUAAUUGCACGCGCAUAUAUACAUUUAUAUACUUUAUUAUUCUAUCCCGUAGAUAACGCGACUUACUGUUACUUUCGAGUACUUAAAUAUCAUUUAUAAUGUUAAGUGAUAAAUAUAAAUGUGUAUUAGAAAUGUGUUAUAAUGUGACGAUCAACUAACAGACGACGAGGACACGGGCCUGUUUAUAAAAUUCGAUUUUGAAUGCCGAAAUAAAUAUGUAAGUAAGUACGUAGGGAUCUCUCUCGAGACAUUCGCCAAAAUACGAAGACGCUUUGCUCGCAAAUGUGAAACUCAAAAAAAAAAAAGUGUAUUAUAAUUAUAUCUUACGUAAGUGCAAAUGAUCUUGAUUGCCGUCUGGAUCGCAUGAACGAAAAUACAGAGAGAGAGAGAGAGAGAGAGAGAGAGAGAGAGAGAGAGAAUGAGAGUGAGAGAGAAAGAGAGAAAGAAACAUACAUGAGAAAUAUAUGCAUGAACAUGAACACACAAAUGAACACACACACACACACAUAUAUA